AUGGGAAACGCAGCAAGCUCAGCCAAGAGAAUUAAAUCAAUUGGUACCUGUGUUAGUUCAGGACCCGAGAAUCCAUUCGAAAUCGCAUUCGUCAGAAGAGAACGGGCCUGUUUGCAUGAAAGUUUUCAGCCUUUUGAUGCUGAAAGAUCGUCCAAAGUAGCAAUGCCAAAAUUGCCAAAACUGAGUGGACACAUCGCACGGUUUACUGAUUGUCUUGACCAAUUGACAAAUAUGAUUGGCUAUACUGAAAAUCUGCUUGGUGCUUGGCAAAUGGCUCGUAACACCGGUCGAGCGCAUUCUCGACAACCGUUUUUAGAAAUGAACCAAAACAAAGAGAAGAAUUAUUUUGCCGUUAUAGGCAAUACAUUCAUCAAUGAAUUCAUUCCCUAUCUGAAUGGUGAAAAAGAAGAACCAAGUCUGGAUAAAAAGAAAGUGCGGUUUGCUUCCACUUAUUCUGUAACAAUGAUAACCGACGUGUGGCAAAGGUUCUUCACCAUUCUGGUAGCACAGAUUACGGAAAGUUUUGAACAGGAACGGAAAAAGCGUAGCAAGAUAAUCAGUCAGAAAAUACUAAUACCGCAUCAACUUAGUGAGGAGAAUGCGCGAUCGAACGAAAAGAACCGGUUAGACUAA